CGCCAUUUUGUAGCGGAGUUCGUCACGUAUACUGCGUAGGUAAUUCGUGGAGUCUAUUUGGUGUUCAUAUUUUUAACUUGUGUUAUAUAUUGUUAUUCUUUGUACAUAGUAACCCAUAAUCUAAAAUGCCGGGCACCGGUACUUUCAAAAUCUUCAUCGGGAACCUUUCUGAUAAAACCACAGAAGCCGAUCUUAGACCGCUAUUCGAAAAAUACGGUACGGUCGUAGAAUGCGAUAUCGUCAGAAAUUACGGUUUCGUGCACAUGGAAAACGAACAAGUCGGCCGCGAAGCCAUUCAGAAUCUUAACGGCGAGUUAGUUCAUGGGCAGGCGAUCAAAAUAGAAGCGGCCAAGAGCCGGAAGGCGCCGUCGACGCCAACCACUAAAAUAUUCGUGGGUAAUUUAACGGACAAGACGCGCGCGCCCGAAGUCCGCGAGCUGUUUCAGAAGUUCGGGACGGUCGUCGAGUGCGAUAUCGUGCGUAACUACGGCUUCGUGCAUUUGGACGCGACGGGCGAUGUGAACGACGCUAUCAAAGAGUUGAACGGUAUGAUGGUCGACGGACAGCCCAUGAAGGUGCAGUUGUCGACGAGUCGUGUCCGGCAGCGGCCGGGCAUGGGCGACCCCGAGCAGUGCUACCGCUGUGGCCGCGGGGGCCACUGGUCCAAGGAGUGCCCGAAGGCGCUGGGCCCCGACCGCAACGGUUUCCGCGAUCGAGCGUUCGGCCGCGAUCCCUACCCUCCGCCGCCGCCGCCACCCUUCCUUCGCGAUCGCAUGAUGGGAGGAUUUGGGGAUCCAUAUGACGGGUACUAUGAUCGUUCACGGUUCGAUUCUCCACGGGACUUGUUCGAGCGACGCUAUCCAGUUGGAGGAGCAUCACGAGGGCUGGAAUUGGGCGGAUCUAGAGGAGCUCGCGGUGACUUCGUUUCUCCGCCCUUACGCCGCGAACCCAUGCCACCCAUGCCUAAUUUACCUCCACUGCGGAGCGGAAUGGGUUCCAUGAGAUCUUCCUAUGAUCCUAUGUACAGCCGCAGAAGCCCCCCACCAGGACCCCAGAUGUCCAGAGGAAUGUAUGAAGAUUUUAGCAGAGAUACUUUUGAUGACAGAAGGCCCGGAAUGCGAGGUCCGUCGCCGUCAAGAAGAUAUGCGCCUUAUUAAUAUAAGAUAGUAUAGUAGUAGAAAAGCUCAUUUGAUAUUUUGGUUGGACUUUAGGAACAUUUUAGAAAUAAUGCAGACUUAAUUGUAAAUGUGUAAAAGGGUUUGAUAAUGUUUUCACUUUAUGUAUGAAUGAGUACAAUUGACUGCAUUUGUGAUGUAAAUAGUUAAAAUAAAUAUCAUAAGUUUUUUCAUAAGCAAA